AUGCAGUAUCAUGGUUCUGGGCAUAGAAAAGAGAAGCUUCCCUGCUUCCACCGGAUUAACCCCAUUGUUUCCCAAGAUGCUGACAUGGUAUUUGGAAUAUUUUUAUCCUUGUUCUCAGUUGAAGUAAACCAGGUUACAGGAGCAAAACUCUUUGAAAGUCCUCCUAACAAAGCUUGUAAACCUUAUCAGUGGUUGUACAAAAAUUAUCAGCAGGCCCUGGCAGUAGUGUUUGCUAUAGAGGAGAUUAAUAGGGAUCCCAAUCUGUUGCCCAACAUUUCCCUGGGAUUCCACCUCUACAACACCUACCACAGUGAUGAAAAAACAUUGGAGAGUUCCCUACAAUGGCUUUCUGGGGGGCCACAGCUCAUCCCUAACUAUAGCUGCAGAAACCCGGACAAGUUCAUGGCUGUUAUUGGAGGAGUCACAUCAGCUCUCUCUGUCCAGAUGGGGACUCUGCUUGACCUCUACAAGUUUCCACAGAUCAGCUAUGGUCCAUUUGAUUCCAUUCUCAGUGACAAAGUCCAGUUUCCUUCUCUCUAUCAGAUGGCUCCCAAAGAUUCUUCCCUUCACCUAGGUGUCAUCCACCUAAUAUUAUAUUUUAAAUGGAACUGGAUAGGACUAAUCGUUACAGAUGACAUGAGAGGUGAGAAAUUCCUCUGGGAAAUGAGAGAGGAAAUGGCAAAAAAUGGAGUUUGCAUGUCAUUCACAGAGAAAAUCCCUGUCAGUGAGAGAAGACAUAUGGCAUCAGAGGAAGACUUCAUGCCCAGAAUUACAAUGUCAGCAACCAAGGUGUUUGUCAUCCAUGGUGACACAGAUUCAUUAAUGAUUCUGAGACAUUCACAAAUUCCUGCUUUGGCAACACAGAAGGUAUGGAUUGCCACAUCUCACUGGGACAUUACCAUGAGACCUGUCUUUCACCAUAGUUAUAAUUUCAAUGGAACUCUCAUAUUUUCAUAUUUAAACAGUGAAGUUCCUGGGUUCAAGACUUUUCUUAAGACAGUUAAACCUUCUAAAUACUCAGAUGAUAUUUUACUUAAGGGAUUCUGGCUCUCAGCUUUUGCAUGCCCAGAUGAACAAGGAAACCAAGAGCAAGAGAUAUGUUCACCAAAUGCCUCUUUGGAGAUGUUGCCUCUGAUGUAUUUUGAUAUGACAAUGUCUGGCUUGAGUUACACCAUCUACAAUACCAUCUAUGCUGUGGCUUGGGCUCUCCAUGAAAUGUUUAUGAGAAAGUCAGCUGAAAGACCAAUGGGAGGUGAAGAAUAUUUAGGACUUCAUUCAUGGCAGUUCCACACCUUCCUGAAGAACACCCAAUUUAACAAUACUGCUGGUGAUCAAGUGUCUGUGGAUGAGAACAGAAACUCUGAGGCUCAAUAUGCCAUUAUGAACUAUGUGAUCUUUCCUAAUGAUACUGAGAGUCUGGUGGAAGUGGGGCAGUUUACCCCCAAGGCUCCAUUUGGUCAAGAUUUCACAAUAUGUGAAGAUGCCAUAGUGUGGGGCUGGUGGGCUUCAAAGGUUCCCAGUGGAGUAUGCAGUGACAGCUGCUGUCCUGGAUUCAGGAAGAACCCUCUGGAGGGUAAGGCUGCCUGCUGCUAUGACUGUUUCCCAUGCCCAGAAGGGGAGAUUUCCAGUCAAAUGGAUGCAGAGCAUUGUAAGAAGUGCCCAGAGGACAAAUAUCCAAAUAAGCAGAGAGAUCUCUGCCUCCCCAAGAUGGUGACCUUCCUGAAUAUAAAAGAACCUUUGGGGAUGACUCUGGCCUUUGUGGCUGUUUCCUUAUCUUUCCUGACAGCUCUGGUUCUAUGGGUCUUUGUUAAGUUCCAAGACACUCCCAUUGUCAAAGCCAAUAACCGAACUCUCAGUUAUACCCUCCUCAUCUCCCUGAUCUUCUGUUUCCUCUGCUCCUUGCUCUUCAUAGGCCAGCCCACCACUACUUCCUGUCUUCUACAACAAACUGUAUUUGGAGUUGUAUUCACAGUGGCUGUUUCUUCCAUUUUAGCUAAAACCAUCGUAGUCAUUCUGGCUUUCAGAGGAAUAAGGCCAGGGAGCAGGAUCCAGAUGUUCCUACAUCCUAGAGUGUCCACUUAUGUUGUUCUCAUCUGCUCAGGGAUUCAAAUGAUUUUCUGUGGUAUCUGGUUGGGAACCUAUCCCCCCUUUCCAGAGGCAGACACACACUCUGAAUAUGGCCACAUAAUCAUUCGAUGUAAUGAAGGCUCUGCCUUUGCAUUUUACUGUGUCCUGGGCUACAUGGGCUUUCUGGCAUUGGGAAGCUUUACAGUAGCUUUUCUGGCCAGGAACCUGCCAGAUACCUUCAAUGAAGCCAAGUUCAUCACUUUCAGCAUGUUAGUGUUUUGCAGUGUCUGGGCCUCUUUUCUCCCCACAUAUCAAAGUACCAAAGGGAAAGCCAUGGUGACUGUGGAGAUCUUUGCUAUCUUGGCCUCCAGUGCUGGAUUACUGGGGUGCAUUUUUAUUCCCAAAUGUUAUGUGAUCCUCCUGAAGCCAGACAGAAAUAAUCAGAACAGAUCAAAAAUAAAAAGGAUUCUGUAG